UUGAAAGUACCAGUCCUUGCCGGCGCAGCUGGUACUGCAGCGCUUGCAGCGUACUUGAACGCCAAGUACCAUAUUGCUCAUGAUCUUCGUAAGGGUGGCAUCAUUCCCACACAAGCCGAUCUCGACUGGACAGCCUCGCGUGGCAGCAGGAUUUUAACCUAUCACAUCUUUGAGGAACAAGCGCAGAACCAACCCAAUCACCCCUUCCUUAUAUUUGAGGGCAAGCAAUGGACAUAUGCAGAGUUUCUCGAGUGUGUCGUGAAGGUGGCGAAUUGGUUGAUCAAAGACAUGGCGAUCAAGCCCGGCGAGGUCGUGGCUUUGGAUGGGGGCAACAGCCCGGAGCAUGUGAUGCUGUGGCUGGCUAUCGAUGCUGUUGGCUGUGUGAUAUCGUUCAUCAACAACAACCUGAGUGGUGAGGGAUUGAUUCAUUGCAUUAAGCUCUGUGAAUCGCGCUACCUCAUCGCCGAUACCGAUGUCCGCCAAAACGUGGAACCCAUCCGCCCAGACCUCGAGAGCACAAACGUGCAAAUAAAGUACUACUCGCCGUCUUUCCUCUCCAGUCUGGCCGACUCCACUCCGCUCUCCCCAUCUCUUCACUCUCACAUUACCCCCGAGACCACCAAGACCCUGAUUUACACCUCGGGGACUACGGGUCAUCCGAAAGGCGUCGUCGCCCCCACCGCAAAAGAACUCAUCGUCGGUCGCACCACCGCACGCUACUUGUGCCUGACCCCUCGAGACCGCUUCUACACCUGCAUGCCCCUGUACCACGGCGCCGCGCACAGCCUGUGUAUGACACCUGCAAUCCACGCCGGCAGCACCGUCGUCUUAGGCCGCAAGUUCAGCCACGCGCGGUUCUGGCCCGAAGUCGCCACCUCCCGCGCGACGAUCAUCCAGUACGUAGGUGAGCUGUGUCGGUACUUGCUCAACGGGCCGGUGAACGAGUAUGAGCGCAAGCACUGCGUGAAGGUGGCGUGGGGCAACGGGAUGCGGCCGGAUGUGUGGGAGCCUUUCCGGGCGCGGUUCGGGAUCCCCGUCAUCAACGAGCUGUACGCCGCGACGGACGGGCUGGGUGCGAUUUUCAACCGGAACGAGGGCCCGUUUACUCAGCAUGCGCUCGGGGUGCGGGGCGCGCUUUGGAACUGGCGGUUCGGCGGGGAGGAGGUCAGGGUCAGGAUGGAUGUAGAUACCGAGGAGAUACUGCGGGACGCGGAGGGGUUUGCGGUUGUGUGUGGGACAGACGAGCCGGGACAGGUUCUGCAUAGGUUGGAUCCUGGGGCGCCGAUGCAUCCGGGGUACUAUAAUAACGAUGCUGCGACGGAGAAGAGGAGGAUUAGGGAUGUGUUUCGCAAGGGCGAUAUGUGGUUCAAGUCUGGGGAUAUGAUGCGACAGGAUGAGUCUGGCCGCGUCUACUUCGUCGACCGCCUUGGUGACACCUUCCGCUGGAAGUCGGAAAAUGUGUCUACCAACGAGGUUGCCGAUGCGAUAGGACGGCAUCCCCAAGUCGCCGAGUCCAACGUCUACGGCGUCAGCGUCCCUGGGUAUGAUGGACGGGCGGGCACGGCCUCUAUUGUGUUGGCUGACGGCGUCACGCUAUCGAAUUUCGAAUUUAAGGGGCUGGCGGAGCAUGCUAGAGCUAUGCUCCCGGGGUAUGCAGUUCCGCUGUUCUUGAGGGUCACACCGGCAUUGGAAUACACGGGCACGUUGAAGAUUCAGAAGGGGCGACUGAAGAGGGAGGGUGUGGAUCCAGACUUGAUUACUGGUGAAGAUCGGAUGUACUGGCUACCACAGGGCAGUGACCGGUAUGUACCGUACGGGAAAGAGGAUUGGGAAAGCAUCAAGACGAAAAAGUCAAGGUUGUAG